CUCCAGCCCUUCUCCCGGGCAAGCUCACCUUGAGGGAGGAGGAAAAAGAGAUUUUCCUGAUCCAGAAUGUCCCUCAAGCUGCCACGGAACUGGGAUUUCAACCUGAAGAUGGAUGCUGCAAAAAUAGCCCGCUCCCGCAGCGUGCAGAGCGCGGGGCCGGGCGCGGAGCCGCCGCGGCCGCUGAAGCUGGGCUGGCUGCGCAAGCAGCGCUCCGGCUGCGUGUCCCUCCAGGGGAGCUCCGUCAACGUGCUGGCCACCAACCCCGAGGAGGGAGGGAAAUUCAUCUUUGAAAUCAUCCCGGGGGUGGCAGGCGAGCAGCCCCGGGCCGGGCAGGACCCCUGUGUGCUCAUGGCCAGCUCCCAGGCCGAGAUGGAGGAGUGGGUGAAAUCCAUCCGGAGGGCGCUGGGCUCGGCCUCGGGAGCGGUGUUCGGGCAGUGCCUGGCACACACCAUGGCCCACGAGCAGAAGCUGGGGCAGCAGCUGGUGCCCGCCGUGGUGCAGAAGAGCGCCGAGUUCAUCCGGGAGCACGGCGUGGCCGAGGAGGGGAUCUUCCGCCUGCCCGGCCAGGACAACCUGGUGCGGCGGCUGCGCGACGCCUUCGACGCCGGGGAGAGACCUUCGUUCCACAGGGACACCGACGUGCACACCGUGGCCUCCCUGCUCAAGCUGUACCUGCGGGAGCUGCCGGAGCCCGUGGUGCCCUGGCUGCAGUACGAGGAUUUCCUGCGCUGCGGGCAGGCUCUGGAGGCUGACGAGACAAAGGGCCACCAGGAGCUCCUGAAGCAGCUGUCCCUCCUGCCCAGAGACAACUACAACCUCCUCAGCUACAUCUGCAGGUUUCUCUAUGACAUCCAGCUGAACUCCAGCGUUAACAAGAUGAGUGUGGACAACCUGGCCACGGUGAUGGGGGUGAACCUGAUCCGGCCCAGAAUCGAGGACCCUGCGGUUAUCAUGAGAGGCACGCCCCAGGUGCAGAAGGUGAUGACCGUGAUGAUCAGCCACCACCAGGAGCUCUUUCCCCCCUCCAAGGAUGCGCCUCCCUCCCCGCCUGCCCCCCAAAACGAGAAGAAAGCUCCGGUCCCUCGCAGCUCCGUGGGCUGGGGGGCUGCAGAGGACCCCAGAGGCUCCACGCAAAGGCAGCUGGGCUCUGUUUUCCAGAGGGAUCACCCCAAUUCCAGCAGCACCCCUGGCCCAGCUGCCCCCUCGAGCGUCCCCGGGGAGGACACGGAGCCCACGGACACGCUGGGAGCGUGGAAAACACAGGCCAGGAAAAGAACCCAGACCUUGCCCACGAGGAAAUCCCUCCUGGCAGCCCCGGGGGAGAAGGGCAGCAGGGACAGGAGCGACGUCCUGGCCAGCGACCUGUGGAAGAGCAGCCCGCGGCCCGCGGCGGGUGAGGGACACAAGAGAACCUUGUCCCACGACCUCUUCAAGCUGCUGGACCUCCACAGGGCCACGGAGAGCGGCGAGGGCGGCUCCAGCCCCAGCCCUGCCAGCAGCACCUCCGAGAAGGAAUUCCUGCCCUGCUUCAGCCCCUGCCACGAGCCAAGGGAAGCUGCCAGUGCCACCAGCAGCCCUGCCGAGGACCCCAGAGCCGAGCAGGACAGCAGGGAGUUCCUGGAAGGUGUGGUCCACAAGCUGGAGAAGGAUUUGGGGGCGCAGAGGAAUGACUACGAGGGGCAGAUUGAAAGCCUCCAGAAGGAAAACUAUGACGUGUGGGCCAAAGUGGUGAGGCUGAACCAGGAGCUGGAGCAGGAGAAGAAGAGGAGUGGGGAGCUGGAGCUGAGGCUGAUGAACGCCGAGCGCUCGCGGGAGGAGCUGGAGAAGAAAAUCAGGAUGCUCGAGGAGGAGAUACAGAACUUAACUAAAGCCACGAGUCCAACUGGUGCCAAAACCAACUAGGAGGAGACACCCAGCUUUUCACAGACACCGAAUGCAGCUGCAGGAGUGCCCAGGAACUGCUGGUUCAGAGCCUGGCACUUGGAUUGUCCAGGGUCCUGCUCCUGCCCACAGGCCAGGGGGAGGAAGGAGAGCAGAGCUUAGGGGCUGGUUCAUGCUCUGGACCAGGAAAUAUCAGAAAUAUCCUUUAGCUUUUUUGGGUGUGUUUGUUUCAACUCUUCUUUCAGCUGCUCAGGUUACCUGGAGGACAGGUAACACUUCCUGCUGCUCAGGCAGGGUUGCACUCAGACGUUUGGGCUCUGGACCCACGGUGCCUUCAGGAGAAGGAGCCAGAGGUGUCCCUCCUCCAGCUGCCUGUCUCCCUGCUGGAGGUACCCACAGGCAAAACAUCCAUGGAUCCCCCCACUCACACUCAGAGGCUCUGAAGUGUCUGCCACCAGUGCACAGCUGCCGUUCACGAGUCUUUCCUGUGACUUCAGAUGGCUUUGACAGAGCUGGUUUAGCAUUUAUUUAAUUUUUACCUCUGCAGAAGCUCCUCACCAAUGCGAGUGUGAGGCCCAGGAGUCAUUAGGGAGAAACUUCUCCGUGUUCAGGAGCAGCAUCUGAACAUCUGGGCUGGAAAUGCCACACGCUCCUUUCUGCAAAGAUCAAAAGUGUGAAGAGGCCAAUAAUUCCUUCACAGCCGACUGUAAUGACGUGCAAAGGCUUGGCUGAGGCUCAGAAAUGCCCACGAGUAGGACAAGUGCACGUUAUUUAAAAUAAACUGUGCAUUCCUGCGCUUCCGCUGCGAUAGGCAAAACAACCCCGGCUGCAGGAUCUGAGGGACUCUUUGGAGAUAUUCCCCCCAUUAACUUUUGCAGGGUUUGUAGAGGUCACCUCUGACAGAGACUUUCCAACAGAGGUCAGGUGGGCUGGAGCUUCCUGAGAGCCUGGAGGGGGGAGAGCCACGGGCACCUUGAGCUGGUGCUGUAAGAGAAUGAGGAUUUCUUUUCUUUAAAAUGAGCUUUUUCCAGAGACAGAGAACCAUGAACUGCUUGUGCCAGACCUGUGAAACUGCACCCUUUUCAUCCCUGAGGGGCUGGGUGUCCUCUCUGCUCAGCCCAGAGCCUGCUCUGGGUUUUCUGCACUUGCACAUGUUCUGCUGGAGACCCCACGGCGCGAGAUCCCCGACACUGCCCGCUGCCCAGCCCUCAUCUCCUCCCUCCCUCCACUUCUGCA